AUGGCUGAUGACGGUACGCACUUUACAAGCAAGCCUUUGUUGAAGCUGAAGCUUUUAGAUGCGCUAAGGUCGGGCUCAUUCCAGGAGUUACAGAAAGUGAUCGACACUCGAUUUUUGCCUAAAGAUGACCCUAAUGUGGUUGAAGUCAGUCAGCUUGUAUUACACUAUGCUGUUCAGGUUGCACCUUUAUCCUUGAUUAAACAGAUUGUUACUAAGUGGGUAAAUACUCACGUUUCUACCCAUAUGAAUAGUGAAACCUUUUUGAAUAUAAACCAUCAGGAUCAAAAUGGAAAUACUCCACUGCAUAUUGCUGCAUAUCAAGCUAGAGGUGAUGUAGUAAUGUAUUUAAUGGACCAACCAACAAUAAAUGAUUGUGUUUCUAAUAAUUCACACAUGCAGCCAAUUGAAAUAUGUAGAGAUCUGAAUGUAGCCCAAGGAAUGCAGAUAAAGAGAUCGAAAUACGUUGCAGAAACCGCUCAAGAGUUAAGAACAGCAUUUAAUAAUCGAGAUUUUGAGCACUUAGAGUCCAUACUUACAAAUUCUAGGAAUUCGGAACUACUUGAUAUCAACGGUUUGGAUCCAGAAACCGGAGAUACUGUACUACACGAGUUUAUUAAAAAGAGAGAUGUCGAGAUGUGUAAAUGGUUAUUAGAGCAUGGAGCCGAUCCUUUUAAAAGAGACUCUACAGGUGUACUACCUGCUGAUUUAGUGAAAAAAGUUAGUGAAUCUGAAGCUGCAUCUAACCCUAAGUUGCUCACUGAUGUGGAACUGAAGAAACUUCUAGAUAAAGCCACAAGUGAACAAAGUGUUAUUGACGUAACUGGCAGUUUACACAAACCACCAACUUAUAGGGGGUACCUUCAAAAGUGGACAAACUUUGCCCAAGGUUAUAAGCUGAGAUGGUUUAUACUAAGUGCGGAUGGUAAGUUGUCGUAUUAUAUUGAUCAAAAUGAUACCAAAAACGCAUGCCGUGGAUCACUGAAUAUGUCAACAUGCAAUCUACAUUUAGAUUCCUCCGAAAAGUUGAAAUUUGAGGUUAUUGGAGGAAAUGGUGCUAUCAGAUGGCAUCUCAAAGGUAAUCAUCCAAUUGAAACUAACAGAUGGGUAUGGGCAAUUCAAGGUGCCAUCAGAUUUGCCAAAGAUAAAGAAAUGCUUUUAACUACUGGAACAAUUCCUCCAUCUUUAGCGAUAAACUAUGGAUUGAAUAAUACUGAUCGUGUUUUAGAUUCACCAAAACAACCUACCCAUAUGAGAAACAAAUCUAGACAAACGCUAGUAUCGGUGCAAGAAUCUAGAAGAUCGAGCUCAGGAUUGGGAUUGGUUAUCAAUAGACCAGAAGAUAAAAUAGAAUCAGCUUUCCACAUGCCUCCUACAUCUCCUAGCAUAUCAGUUGGGCCUAAUGGCAUGUCUAGUUCUAUUUUUGAAAACCCUUCGACAUUUGAAUCAGAGUCUCAAAGAUCUCCUGUAUCCUCCUCUCCGAUUCAAGAUACUAAUCCUCAGGCCUUUGAAUCUACUAAUGUCAAAACUUUUGAUUCAUCAAUGAUUGAAAAAGACUCAGAAGAUGAAAAUGAGGAAGUGGAAGACUUGUUUUUAGCUAUGGAUGGUGGAAGUGAUGAAGACUUACAAACUCUAUGUAGUCCUCAUUCACAAGAGAUGCAUAUUCUACAACGCUCAAUAACAAUGGAGCUAAGUUCCCUAACCGAACUUUUGAAUGAUCGUCCCUCAAACCCAAACGAUAUAUUUAAUACAUUAGGAAAUUCGCUGAAAACUAUUACAGAAAGUUUUGACAGAUUGAACGAGAUUACAUCACAAAGUGACAAAUUGAUGAUUUCUAAACUAACAAAGCAAAGGGAUGUUAAUAACGUUUGGAUCAAAGCUGUAAAAGAGUUAGAAUUUGAGUUAAAGGAUAAGGAUGAAAGGCUGGCCUCUUUGGAUAAAGAGAGAAGGAACUUGAAAAAACUCCUUCAAAGAAAAUUCCAAUCUCCGAAUGGGACAACCGAAGAUGAUGAUUUCGAUGGUCCUGUCAAGGAUACUCAUGAAGCUUUGGAGGAAAUAGCAAAAUAUAUCGAUGCUACUAAAGAAGAUGGUGAAGAUACAGAUGCUGAUGAGUUCUUUGAUGCCGAAGAAUUAAUGGAUUCCUCUGAGAAUGUUGAUGAAGAAGAGUCAGACACAGAAAAGGAAGCAACUAUAAAAGCAGAGGACAUCAAUGAAAACAAAGAAGUUACACACCACGCUGGCUUUGAAAAAGAGAUUGUAACUGAGAAGCAAAAGGAAUACAAGCAAAUGCUACUGGAACAAAAGUCUUUUGCCGGUUAUGAGCAUCCAAAGAGAACAAACUUAGGUCUUGAUAAGGACGAUAGACCGAAAAUAAGUUUAUGGUCUGUUUUGAAAUCUAUGGUUGGUAAAGAUCUAACCAGGAUUCCUCUACCGGUUUCAUUUAAUGAACCAUCUUCACUUUUACAAAGAGUUACAGAAGAUCUGGAGUAUUCUGACAUUAUGGAUACGGCGGCCACGUUUGAGGAUUCAAGUUUGAGAACUUUAUUUGUUGCAGCUUAUUCUGCCUCUAUGUAUGCUUCUACCGUAAAGAGAGUUGCCAAGCCCUUUAACCCACUGUUGGGGGAGACUUUCGAAUAUGUUAGCCCUGACGGACAAUAUAGGUUCCUUACUGAGCAGGUUUCUCACCAUCCUGCUAUAUCUGCGACAUGGGGUGAAGCUCCAAAAUGGAAUUAUUGGGGUGAAUGUAAAGUGGAUUCGAACUUCACUGGAAGAACAUUUGCAGUGGAGAAUCUUGGUACCUGGUGGAUUAGAUUACGUCCCGAUAGUAACAACCCUGAGGAAGAAAUAUAUAGUUGGAAAAAACCAGAUAUGGCUGUGAUUGGUAUUUUAGUAGGCAACCCACAAGUGGAUAACAACGGUGACUCAGUGAUCACCAAUCACACUACUGGGGAUUACUGUGUGCUACACUACAAAGCUCGUGGUUGGACUUCUGCAGGUGCAUACGAGGUUAAAGGUGAAGUUUAUAACAAGGAUAACGAGAAGUUGUGGAUUCUAGGUGGUCAUUGGAAUGAAGCCCUAUAUGCCAAGAAAGUUACUAAGAAAAACGAUGAGGAUAUGACCAUUGAUAAGACUAAGAGUAGUGUAGGCAAAUCAAUCGACGAACCAAAAUUCGAUGGUAGUAAGUUUUUGAUAUGGCGUGCCAACGACAGACCCGAUAUUCCAUUCAACUUAACAUCCUUCGCUGUGACAUUAAAUGAUCUGCAACCGGGCCUGAAAGAAUGGCUUCCUCCAACUGAUAGCCGUCUGAGACCAGACCAACGUGCCAUGGAAGAAGGCCGUUACGAUGAUGCUUCUGAUGAAAAACAUCGUCUAGAAGAGAAGCAAAGAGCAGUCCGCAAGCAAAGGGAAGAGGCAAACAUAGAGUAUCGUCCAAGAUGGUUCUCCUUGGAGACUCACCCAGUCAACGGUAAGCAGUAUUGGAAAUUCAAUGGAGAAUACUGGGAACAAAGAAAGAAACAUACCUGGACUAAUGUUCCGGAUAUCUUCUAA